AUGUUUACUAAAGAUGACAUAAAGAUAGGGUCAAAACUAUCUGUACAGAAAGAAGGGGAAGAUCGAAUAGCUGAAGUAUUACAAAUCCAUCAAAAAAAGCAAAGAUUAGUAUAUUAUGUACAUUAUAAAGAUUUUAAUAAAAGGUUAGAUGAAUGGAUUGAAGGUGAUCGAAUAAAUUUUGAAAAACCACUAAUACAACCAGAAGUUAAAGUUGAAGAAAAUAAACCCAAAAAGAAGAAAACAGCUAAAUCAACUACAACUUCAACUACAAAUUCACAAACCAAUAAUAAUAAUAAAUCACAAACUGGAACAGGAGCAUCUACUCCACAAGAAGAUAUAAAAACAAAUGAUGAUGAAAUGGAUUUAGAAAAUUUAAAUGUUCAAGGAUUAAAAAGACCAGGAGAAGAAGUUAGUAGAGAAGAAGAAAUUAAAAAAUUAAGAGCAGGAGGAUCAAUGACUCAAAAUCAUUCAGAAGUUGCAAGAGUUAGAAAUUUAACUACUAUAGUUUUGGGGGAACAUAUUAUUGAACCUUGGUAUUUUUCACCUUAUCCUAUAGAAAUAACAGAUGAAGAUCAAAUAUAUAUAUGUGAUUUUACAUUAUCAUUUUUUGGAUCAAAAAAGCAAUUUGAAAGAUUUAGAUCAAAAUGUUCAAUGAAACAUCCACCGGGGAAUGAAAUUUAUAGAGAUUCAAAAGUUAGUUUUUGGGAAAUUGAUGGUAGAAAACAAAGAACUUGGUGUAGAAAUUUAUGUCUUUUAUCAAAAUUAUUUUUAGAUCAUAAAACUUUAUAUUAUGAUGUUGAUCCAUUUUUAUUUUAUAUUAUGACUAUUAAAUCUGAAAAGGGUCAUCAUAUAGUUGGAUAUUUUUCAAAAGAAAAAGAAAGUGCUGAUGGUUAUAAUGUUGCAUGUAUAUUAACAUUACCAUGUUAUCAAAAAAGAGGAUUUGGAAAAUUAUUAAUUCAAUUUUCUUAUAUGUUAAGUGCAGUUGAAAAAAAAAUUGGAUCACCUGAAAAACCUUUAUCUGAUUUAGGACUUUUAUCUUAUAGAGCUUAUUGGACAGAUACUUUAGUUAAAUUAUUAGUUGAAAGAAAUAAUCCUAAUUUAUUUAAAAAAAAUAAUCCACAAUUAAUUGAAGAUGAUGAAAUGGAUGGACUUACUCCACCACCUUCAAAAACGACAACCACCAAUGCAAAUUCAAAUGAAAUUACAAUUGAAGAUAUUUCAGCCAUAACAUGUAUGACAACUACAGAUAUUUUACAUACUUUAACAACUUUACAAAUGCUAAGAUAUUAUAAAGGACAACAUAUAAUUGUAUUAACUGAACAAAUGAUGAUAUUAUAUGAUAAAUUAAUUAAAAAAAUAAAAGAAAAUAAAAAACAUGAAUUAAACCCUAAACUACUAAAUUGGUCUCCACCACUGUUUACUGCAAAUCAAUUACGUUUUGGAUGGUAA